UUGUGUACGCACUACGCACUACGCAGUGCAUAGCGUGCAUAGUACGCACGCUGUCAAAUUGGUUAGUUUCAAUUGACAGCGACAAUGAAGCACAUGAAGUAUAAAAGUAAAUCUAAACAUGAAAAGAAGAAGUCGAAAAGAGAUAAAAAGAAGCAUAAGAAAGAGAAAUACAGUGAAUCGGAGACAACUACUAGCAUGAGUGAAACGGAACAAGAAUGGGUGGAAAAACCGAUAUCCCAAACUGCUCCGUCUGCAGCCAAAGAGCAAAAUACACAACAAUCCGAGGCUCCUAAAAGGGAAGAUUGGAUGAGCAUGAAAAGUUUGUUUCCAUGCGUAUUUAAUGAGAAGAAAACUAAACCUCCUGGUGAAAACGAUAAGCCCAAUUUGGACGAGUUAGGACAAAGUAAUCGGGAAUUAAAUCCUUAUUGGAAAAACGGUGGUAGUGGUUUGCCCGAGGAGAAUGUAAGGAAAGCAGACACACUGCAAGUAAUGGAUGUGAAGUGGCUGAAGAAAAGUCUUCGAAGGGCUAAGGAACAAGCAGAAAAUGAGAAUAGGAGUUUGGAAGAAAUCGCAGCCGAAAGAUGGGGCUCGCUGGAAGUAAUUCAGUCGAUGAUAUCUAAAGCGGAAAGUGCUUCAAUAAGAGAUAAAUCAAAUUCCAGUCACCAAUUCAAAGGUGAUGUGAAGUAUGGGGAUUCUAGACAUUCUUCGGAUUCCAGUCGUUCCACCAAAUAUUCGAGGAACGACAAAUAUAAAAAGUAUGAUGAUUAUCGGUCUAACGAUCGCCAGAAGCAAAAAUAUAGAAAACCCAUGGAUGACGAUUGUUUCGAUUCUUCGUAUCGAACAAGUCAUUCUGGUAGGAAAAAUUGGCAAAAAUGUAAACCUGCUGAAAGUCAUCGGAACGUUUCUGAGUCGAAAAAUUCCUAUACAAGCUCUAGUGGCAGUAUCAGUACUGAUGUACCAGAAAUUAGAGAAACCCAUUCAAAUGCUCCCACAGCAAGAAGUCCUACGAACUCUACCAGCAAUCUGACUACCAGUAUACCAGAAAUUGGAGGCUCGAAAUUGUUGACAGAAGCAGAAAUGAACAAGCUGGGCGCGAAGAUUGCCAAAGCUGAAAUAAUGGGCGAUAAUGAACUUGCAGACGAGUUAAAGAGUCGAUUAAAAAAUGCUAGAGAAGCUGCCAAGAACAAUGAAACACGUGGCACGGAGAAAGUUCAGGUCGUACUCACACAGACCGAUGCUAAAGGUAAUACGAGGCCAUUGGAACCUAGAGAUCGCACGGAGUAUUCGCAAAGUAGUAAACGAAAGAACGCGGAAACGCACGCUUCCGGAAAGAAAGUGCGGCAUUACUUUGACGAUGACAAAUAUUCGCUGGCACAAUUGUUCCAAAAGGAAAAAGGGAGAUCUGCGAACGAGGACGAUGCUGAAUUCCUUAAAGUCGCUUCUAAAACAAUGGACAUGGAUGAAAUAUUCGAGGAACGGAUCACUCGCGUUAAAUCUGAUGCGAGACAAGAUGAGAGGGAUCGCUCGCGCGCUAUCAAAGAGCACACACGUUUAUCGAAAAGCCUCGACAACUGCCAAUGGUGCAUCGAUUCGAAGUACAUGUUGAAACAUAUGGUCGUUACGAUGGACCGAGAUAUUUGUAUAAGUCUUCCUCAGUUCACUUCGUUGACUCCUGGACAUUGUAUAAUAACGCCCACGCAUCAUGUCAGCUGCCAAUUACAAUUGGAUGAAAACGUUUCGGCUAAAUUGAAGAUGUACAAGCAAGCAUUGUAUAAAAUGUUCACUGAUCAAGAUCAGUAUCCAGUGUUCUACGAAGUUUACAAGAGCCGCUACAAAUACUCACAUAUGCAAUUGAUCUGUGUACCGUUAGCGAAGGAAAUAGGCGAAUUGGCACCAAUAUAUUUCAAAAAAGCCUUAUUGGAAUGCGAAACCGAAUGGUCAAUGAAUAAAAAGGUCGUCGAUCUGGAGCACAAAGACGUGCGCCAAGCAAUUCCGAAUGGUUUAUCUUAUUUCAUGGUCGAAUUCGAAAGAGACAAGGGGUAUGCUCAUGUCAUCGAGGAUGAGCAGAUGUUCCCGAAAAAUUUUGCAGAGGAAGUAAUAGGCGGAAUGUUAGACUUGAAUCAUGACACGUGGCGAAGGCCAAGGAAAGAGGAUUUCGAUCGGCAACGUGAGAAAGUGUUAAGAUUUUCGGAGACGUGGAAGAAAUAUGAAGAUGAAACAAGAGGUUUCAAUUGAUUAUGUACAAAUAGAUCGUAAGGAAAUACAUUUCUGUAUAUAGAAUGUACAUAUAUUCAAUUGAAUUAUUGUAUAAACAAGUAUUAAAUAAAGAAUAUUCAACAAGUAA